CGACCAUUACGUGCUGAAGCCGAACAUGGCCAUACUAUCAACAAGGCCGCUGAUAGUGUGAUGGGCUCGGCGCAUCGUUUGUCAUCAUCGCAUCACACUCGUCACACUCUUUAUCACCGAUGGACCCAGCACCGCGAACCGCACUGCGAUGGCAUCGUAAAGCACACGUUGUCUGGGUGUACGCUAUUGUGAUAGGCCUCACAGCGACGCUUGUCAUUCCCGCAGCCUCUCGGCGGGAGGAGAUGAUCCGGCUUGUGUGUCAUGUUGUCGAGCCGAUUGCAAGUAGGCCGACCAUCUCGAGGCGUGAGUCCUGGGGAGGGUUGACAGGCGCGCUUACCCGAGAUGACGCCGGAUGGGACCUCGAGACAUGCAAACGAAGCGUCAAAGUGCAGAGACGGGUGGCACACAUCAACAUGGUGUCGCAUGUGGCCUCGGACCUCCUGGGCGCAGCGACGACGGCCGCAUGGUCGAGCCUGUCCGACCGUGUCGGGCGCUGCAGGAUCUUGACAGUCGCCGUGGUCGGCCAAGCGCUGAAGGGGCUGUCGUUUCUUCACGUGCUCGUCUUCCCACAGUCCAUGGUGCGUACCGGCGGAUCCGUGCUGUACGUUGGCCCAGUCGUCGAUGGGCUGCUCGGAGGAGAGCCCCUCCUCGCCGCAGUCUACACUGCAUACCUCGCCGACGUCACCUCGGUCGACAACAUGGCCAUCAACACGGUGGGGUUCAGCACGGUGGCGGCUGCCAUCGCUGUCGCGGCGCCAAUGAUUGGGCCCGCGCUCGUCAGCGCUUCUGGUGACCGGCUGCUGCCAUUCGAGUUCACACUGGGACUGCAGAUAAUCUUCGGCUUAUUUGUGUGGUUGGUCAUUCCCGAGUCGCUGUCCAAGGAUAAACGUGACACGGCCCAGGCGGAGGCGUCUCAAGCCUCAGCAGCUCUCCAACGUUCUGGGAGACCCGGAGCAGCAGGUGACGGCGGCGCCCAACGCUCGUCCUGUGCUCGCCUCGGCCGCGUGAUCAGACGGGCUUCCCACACCCUUAUGCGGCACUCACUGGCUCCCCUGGAGUCGUUGGCCGUCUUCCGGCCUGUCCCCCGCCAACCCGGCGACACUCGCAAAGGAAGAGACUGGAACCUGUUCUAUCUCGCUUCUGUCAUAUUCCUGCUCGCUCUCGCGCGUGAAGAGAGCCCCGAAGUCCAGUACGUCAUGUUCUCCUUUGGCUGGGGCCAGGUCGAGCUCGGCCGUCGCGCCUCGCUGAUAGCCAUGUGGCGCACCGCAACCGUCUGCUCCAUCAUUCCGCUGUAUCGAUUUGUCGUCAAGCCAUUCUUGGUCAAACGUAUCGUGGCUACCGCGCACGGCGACACCUCGGAAGAGGCGCCGCUGCUCUCUGACGGCGGCGGUGAUGCAGAAUCUCUCCAGACCAGAGCUAACAUCGUCGCCGACCUCGUGUUUCUCGGCACGUCCAUCCUCAUAGAGUGCUUGGGGUACAUUGCCAAAGGCGCCAACUCGGCCGGCUCCUUUUGGCCAUAUGCCAUCGGCACAGCCGUCGCCCUUGCGGGAGCGCCUGGAUCACUGGUGCUCAACCCACUCUUGCUCGAGCUCGGACCUCCCGAGCGACCGGCAGGCCGCAUCUUUGGCGCCAGUGCGGUGCUCUCAGCCGUUGGCGGAACUCUGCUCAACUCGCUGCUGUUCAACACCGUGUUUGGAGCAACUAUCGGGUGGUACCCGCCCACACUCUUCGUCGUUGCCGCCGGCCUGUAUUUGAUCGCAUUGGUUUGUGUGAUCCUUGUGCAGGCCGCGCGGGUGCCGCGACAGUGAUACUUGUCUCCGCGCCCUAGGGAGGUUGUAUAUCUGAGGGGCUCAUUACCAUGUCCGAUAGUAGCCGAGCCGGCUACAUGCGGCCAUUUCUUGGACAACACCUUUGGGCAGC